AUUCCAUGUUCGACCAGCCCGGUCGAUCGCCUCAAUGCUGCCAGGCGUGAAUAGCUCGGUCUGUGAUCGGCAAGAUUGGCUCGGCCGACCGACUUUGGCUCGGCUGGGUUACUGCUGUCGGCUAGUCUCGGACCGGCUAUAGCUACAGUCUCGGGUCGGCUGAUAACGUUGUACCUGCAGCACGCGAUCGAGUAUAUAGAGUGAUGUUUGACAAAUUUCUGAGUACAUCAUCUUGUUCAAUCAAUACACUCGGCCCAUUACACUUUCAUAUAAUCAGGCCUUAUUGUCCAUUGGGACAUCUGCACAUCCCCACUUGUCGAGAACAACAAAUCGACAUGUCUCGCCACAGCAGCAGCGGUAGCAACACGACCUUGCUUGCUUUGGCGGCCCUGCUGCUGCUCACCGCUGGACCUGUCUUCGGCGGCGGAAAGGAACAUGACCGCGAGAAGCCGCAGCACAAGCCCCCGCCGAAGCCUCCCAAGGAAAUCUGCGACAAAAUUCUUGUGGUGACUGAGAAGUUCAACGAGACCGCCUGGGUAACUCCUGCAGGCAUCAAGAUUGGUUCGCUGCGUGCGCGUGAUAAUGCACGCAAGCAUAGUACAUGGAUGGCCCUGGCCACUCCAAUUAAGUAUUUGCACGUGGCAAUGCUCAUUGACGACGACAUUGGAAUGGUUAGCGCUUUCUGCUACCAGUUUGAUCUGCGGUACAGCUACUGCGUUAACACGCUGGAGAUUGGUAUCUUUGGCACCAUCACAUUCCUCGGACCCUUCACAGAUGUUCAGGAUGCUUAUUUCGAGAACGCCGUCACCGGUGGCACGGGCAUCUACAGGGGCGCUGAGGGCGUAGUGAAAGUGAAGGUGCUGAAGCAGGGCGAGGUGUACGCAUACAAGAUCGUGCUUGAGGACGAGCCCAAGUGCUAUGACAAGUAAUAAAUACUCUUAAUAAUUAGGAAUGAAGAACUGUUGGAAGAACAUGGUUUAUCUAUCAACUCCGGAUGGAAACGCCUGAUUUGAGCUAUCCAUCUGAUGAGAAUCGUUGUCCGACUGGUGAAGGGAUUGCUGCCCGCCUGCUGCUCUGUUGUCGCCUGCACGCACGGACGUAUGUACGCCGACGGUAACAGAUGCGCGUGAUCUAUACAAAUGUAGCUGUUAUCGUCCGAUCUGCAUUUGGGUGCUGGGGCGGUGACUUCCAGUCACACAGACAAUAGCCGAACAUGCAAACUGAAUGCAUGUGCAUGCAAGGGCUUGUCGCAUGCACGUAUGUAUCGUUUGUUGCUACUUGCUUGCCGUACGUGGUAAUAUGUUUUCUGCCGAUACUGCGCCCUGCCAGCUCUAUCUCCCACGUAAUCCAUCCAGAUACACAUCCUCCGCGUAUGCUUCACGUAUGAAGCUUCAUAGGGUAUAAAGGGGUGCGGGCGUGUGUAUGUGCGUGUGAGUGCCGACCGGAGCUUGGAUAAGUGUCAGGCGGGCUCACGCCGGCCGUACAGUGGUAAUAACCAUCUGAGGAAGAAAUCGCUACCUCUAUCUGGCUGUGUAACAACGCUUACGGACG